GAGAACAGCCAUUUGCUAUUCUUAAAACUCAACUCUGUGGUUCUGCAUUGGAGGAGAGAUAUCUGUUCUUCCUCCACUUCUUUUCUUCUGCCUGUAGCUUUGUCUUGCAAUAUGUUUUUCGUUGUAGUUUCUGACAAGACUGUAUGUAAGUGAACAGACUUGUUGGUGAGUGGGUAGUAUUUGCUGUUUCUGAGGCAGGGAUACUGUGAUUUCAGUCAUGAGCUCCAGCCUUGUCAACUCUUUAGCCAAAGUUUAUGAUCCAAAUCCUCUUCAUGGUCAGAAGCCUGGUGGGAGGAAGCUCUCGCUUAAUGGAUCAGACAAAUCUCAAGCUACUUCUUCUUCAUCAUCUUCUUCCUCCUCUCAUGAUGCUGCCCUGCGCUGUGUGGAAAGCCGAAUGGACUCCCUGAGCUCUCAGAUGGAGUGCUUACUCAACAUGCAGCAGACGGUCCUGACCCGGCUGGACGGCCUGUCCCAGGACGUCAGGGGUAUGGGUCGGGAUUUGGCCUCUCUGCGGGAAGAAGGCCGUAGCAGCAGACGUGGCUCAGGGCUAGAGGCGGCGUGCAGGGAGCUGUGCGGUGUGGUGGAAAGGGCCAGUGAGCGUAUGGAGAGUCAGGGACGCAGGUUGGAAGGGGUGGAGAAGCUGGUGGAGGGCACCCAGCAGGUGAUCAGCUUCAUUGGGGAGGUGGUGAAGAGCUCCAGGCUGGUGGAGCUUUUGUUCAAACAGCCUGGAAACAAAGCCAGCAGGAAGGCAAAAGAUGACAAGGAUAAAGCCAAGCUGAGCCUGAAGGGCUUGAAGGCCCAGAAGAAGCGGAAACCUCUGGAGACGUCAGACUCCUGUUCCCCUAAUGAACCUGUACUGCAGGAACAGGUGGAAAAGCUCAACAGGCAGAACACUGAUCAUUCCCACGUAAACGCAGAGGUUGACGUCCAGAGGGGGGAGGACAGAGGAAGUGGAGGAAGACAGAAGUCUGCAGAGCUCAUCCUGGAUGGACCACAUGCUUCUGCUGCCCAGUUAGAGGAAAGGCAGAAGCAACCUAAAGAAAGACAAAAUGAAGAGGAAGAAGGGGAUAUCUUUGAGGAUUCCGAAGCAGAAGAAGAACAACAACAACUGGCAGAAGAUCCAGAACAGGGAGGAAAAGUAGAAGAUGAUGGGAAGAAAAAGCAUAAAACAGAAGCAGAAGACUCAUCAAAAUCUGAAAAGGCGAUCAGUGUCAUGCCAGAUAUCUGCAAAACCUCUCUCCUGUCGCAGGAAAGCUCGGAGGAGCUUGGCGAUGUGGCCACUUGUAGCAAACGUCGUGUCACAGAAGAAGAUCUAGUGAAGGACGACCUCAAAAAAAGCCGAGUGGAAGACAAUGAAGUGGAGAAUGCUGAUGGACAGGUGGUGGAGGGGGCCGAGCCACAGCCCUCCAAAUCUGAUGAGGCAAAGACAGAAGCUGAAGAGGAGAGGAAGGAGGGAGAAUCUACAGUGAAGGAAUUUAUCAUUGACUCAAGCCCUCCACCGUUAGCACCUUUUGACCACCGCAUUGUGACUCCUAAACCUCAUCAGAUCGCCACCUACUACACUAUCAACAGAGACGAGGUCCUAGGAGGGGGACGUUUUGGACAAGUCCACAAGUGCAUAGAGAACUCGUCUGGUCUGACACUGGCUGCCAAGAUCAUCAAAGCCAGGAGCCAGAAAGAGAAGGAGGUGGUGAGGAAUGAGAUCCAGGUGAUGAACCAGCUGAACCACGCCAACCUUAUCCAGCUGUAUGCUGCCUUUGAGUCACGCCAUGACAUCAUUCUAGUCAUGGAAUACGUGGAAGGAGGGGAGCUGUUUGAUCGCAUCAUUGAUGAGAACUACAACCUGACAGAGCUGGACACUGUGCUGUUUAUACGCCAGAUCUGUGAAGGGCUGCAGUACAUGCACAAAAUGUACAUCCUGCAUCUGGACCUCAAGCCAGAGAACAUUCUUUGUGUCAGCAGGGCUACUAACAAGAUCAAAAUCAUUGACUUUGGCCUGGCCAGGAGAUAUAAACCCAGGGAGAAGCUGAGGGUCAACUUUGGAACACCUGAAUUUUUAGCUCCUGAAGUCAUCAACUAUGAGUUUGUUUCAUUCCCUACAGACAUGUGGAGUCUUGGAGUCAUCACUUACAUGCUGCUCAGUGGAUUGUCUCCGUUUCUGGGGGACGAUGACAAUGAGACACUGAACAACAUCCUGGCCUGUCAGUGGAACUUUGAGGAGGAGGAGUUUACAGACAUCUCUGAUGAGGCCAAAGACUUUAUCACUCGUCUGCUGGUGAAGAGCAAGAGCUGGAGGAUGAGUGCAGCAGAGUCCCUCCGACACCCCUGGCUGUCAGACCGAAGUCUGCACUAUCAACUCAAUCAGAAGAAAAACAAGUGCCACUCCACACAUGCUCCUCCUCCAGAGAGCUAGAGAGAAACACUGUGAGGCCCUCAGCAUGCCUUCUGACAAUGUAGGGCCUUGGAGCCCAACACUGGACCAAUGCUGCUGUACUUGUAUAGCCACUGUAUAACUACUCUCCUCAUGUUAGCUUCGCUCCAGAGCUGCUAGUUCUGACCCGAACAGUGGGAGAAACACAGGAAGAAUCAAACACAGACUGAACCAGUGAGGACUCUCUAGCUCUGUGGUGUUUAAGUACUGUAGCUGCAAAGGUAACAAGAGACAUAGAGUCUGCAUUAUAUGUCACUUCUACAACUCCAAAACCUGAAAAUCAUCUGUUUAGCAUCAAGAAAACACUGUGGUUCUUCUGCUGACAGUGGUCACUUUGUCAUGUUGUCCUGGUUUUUUGCAUGCUUUGCACUUUUUGUCCUAUUUCCCCGUGAUUCAGCAAACAACUUUAAACAAAAUAUGGAUUGAAUGCUGUUAUUUAAUUAAUAUAUUUUGUGAAUACAGAUUUUUUUUCUUUUAAUUUACAAGUCUUAUAAAAAUGAUUUUCUUUCUUUCUCGAACAUAUGUUAAAUACAUUUUGAACUUGGUUGUAGUUGAAGUCACCCCAUUAAUUUAUUUUGUAUAUAACACAACUCUGCAUACACUCAUUCCCCCUGAACAGUGAGAAUAUCUCAGUGACUGAUUCUGAUUCAUGCCAUAGUUCACCCACAUUUUAGACUGCAAUGCCUUCUGUAUGCAUUCAUGCCGCUAGCUCGUCUUGCUUUGGCAGUUUGGAGUAGCCCUCUCACCUUCCAUGAAGGCAUAACGAACAACAGAAUACUACCUAUGAAUGAUUCAUGUUUAUGACUGAAGUGGAUUCUUAUGUUCAUUUAUUUCCUGGUUCAACACCAGACUGUACUUGAAGUACAAAGCUUUUAUUCAAGAUGUGAUAUUUUUCAGGGGCAACCGACAGGACUUCACUUAGUUAUGCACAUACUAUAUGUGUAAAUACACAGUUCAUCCUGAUGGAGAGCCAACAACAGAGCAGAGAACAAACCAGUCAUUGCUUUAUUGUCCCAGUUUUUCAGUAAUGGGGGGUUGGAUGAGUAUUUGAUGCUCAAUUGUUGGCUGUUCCAUUAGGAAAAGGAAAAGCGUUGUGAUUUGAAUACUUGUUUAUUUGAAUUUAUGAUACUUUUUUCAAGUUUUCCGGUGUAAUAAUGAUACGUUAUUAAAUGUAGAGUAUAAAUAAGUUAAUAAAUGAUGCACUUCAAAAAAAAA